AUCUUAACGUGUACUCUGUGUGUUGUGCAGUGUCUCUGCUGGAGAAGUACUGCAGUGCAGGUUUGUCUGAUGUUUGGGCAGCGAGCUCCUUUAAAGGCUCCACCUGCGUUCACACCUGUGUGCCGAGCACCCAGAGACACCUGGAGAACCACGAGAGGUGGCUUCAGGUCGCUGCGUCUGUCUCUGCUGCCGUGCACCUGCAGGGCAUCGCUCUCACCGGCUGGCAACGGUACGACCACCUGUCCGUGCUGUGUGAGCUGAUGCCCGCGGCUCUCCCCUCUCUCGCAGCCUGUCUGCAGACGCUGAUCCUGGGUCAGUUCAGUGCCGAGGCUCAGAGACACGUGACAGAGGGACUGGGAAUCCCCUCAGUGGAGGUGGAGGACAUCGGGAG